AACAAACGUCAAAGUCAACGUGAGUUGCGGAUCGAUGAGAGAAACAUUGAUAGUUGAAUUAAAAGUGAAUUUGACCUAUAUAUAUUUAAUCUUCGUAAAUUAAUUUUUAACCCAAUAGUUUUAUUAGAAAAGAAAAAUAAUCUUUUCUACAAGUCUAGAAGAAAAAUUAUUUCAGCUUGUGUGAAUUCAUGAGUUUUCACAAAAAAGCCAGAAAAAUGUGCAGGCUUGGACGAUUGUUUGUGCAUCGAAUUCUUUGAUAACAGCUACAUUAGGGCUUUCGAUUGUUGUUUAAAAAAUGGCAACUGCUCAAGGAACACCUGAAUCUGAUACUGGAAGCUUCGAGUGUUUUCAGAAUUACACAGCACCGGAAGUCUUUAUCCAGGGACUUGCUGGAAUUGUCGAUCAACAGGAUGUCGAAUCCAUGAUUCGUGCCCAAAAACAAAUGUUGCAGCGUUUCGAGAAGACGAACGAAAUGCUGACAAACUGCAAUCAGUUAUCGGUGAACAGGCUCAAAACUGCAGGCACAGAAUUCAAAAAGCACACAGCCCUUCUAGUCGAAAUGAAAAAAGACCUCGAUCACAUAUUCAAAAGGAUACGAUUAAUAAAGAACAAAUUAAAUCAGCAAUAUCCUCAAGCUUUCAAUGAGGCUGUAAGAAGUAGUUUAGCAGAGGAAGUUAUUGUCGAGGACAUGGACUGUGGGUCAAAACCGUUAGAACCGGAAGUGGUGCCUCUACCAAUACUAAUGACUAAUGCAGCCGUGAAAGGAGAUCCGGAUUCAGAUGUUCCAGUCGAGGAGUUUCAGUUUGCUAAACUACGCCAAAGGCGGAUUAAGAGCAACGACAGUUCGUCGACGGAUAGCAACAACGAUAAUGCCGAUACGUCCUCCUGCACCUCCGACACCGGUUAAUCGGGCUGAGGAAUCGUCCAGAAAAAAAUGAUCUCCUUUGUGGCCUAAGAUUAAUAAAGGCGAGCCUUCAUUUUUUGUAAAUCACUCUUGUGAGCCAAACCUUUUGUGAAUGAAACGCUAUUAAGAAUAAAAUUUCUGCAUCUUUGUACGACAACGAA